AUGAGCAGCGACCUGGUGAGAUUCCUUUUACUGAGCUCUGUGCUCUGCAGCUCGCUGGCUUUGGGCCAGGAUAGUGAAGGCAACCAGGAGACAUCCACUGUGAGUCAAGAGGCCGCCCGGGGAUUGGCCAGCAGCUAUGAGCCGGAGGACAAGGAGGCGCUGCGCAAGAACUCGCACAUCUUCAUGGGCAUCUACAAGAACUACAAGAGCACCUAUCUGGGCAACAAGACGACCAGUGAGUACAAGAAGCGGCUGCGAGAUCGCGUGAGUGCCCCACAAAUGGCCGAGAACGAAGCCCCCGAAUCUCUGGAUCCCGAUCAGUUGGACUCCAGGGAUUCGCUGGCCGAGGAGAUUCGUCAGGACGAACAGGCGCAGGCUCUGAUGGAGGCCACGCAAACCGAAUCGCCCAACUACGAUGAUAGUGAAUCCUUGGCGGGCAAAAAGCGACGCAAACGCAAGCGCAAGGAUCGCAACAAGCGGAGGGAGGAGUUGGAAACGGAAACGGAAACGGAUCAGCCUGAUUCUGCGAAGAGCGAGGAGAGCAUACAGCGUUAUCAUGUGGGUCCUGGACUCAAUGUCAGCCUGGACAUGAGCAACGAUAUUGUGCACGUGAAGCUGGAUGGCGAGAAUCUCAAGGAUAUCAUGGCAGCUCGCUGGCUAACUUUAGAUAAUAGUGAAGAAGGUCGCGGCAAGAAGUACGACAUGAUCACCAAAGUCCUGCCGCUCUUUAUCCUCCCAUUCCUCAUCCAAUCUGCCAUUGUUCCCUUUCUGGUCACCAAACUGAAGUUGCUGCUGGUCAAAUCAAUUUUGGUGGGCAAGCUGGCCAUCUUCCUGCUGAUCAUCUCGGCCAUCAAGAAUGGCAACAAGAUGGUCCAGAGCUACGAGGUGCCCUCCUACUGGGCCGGCGAACCCAGUCGAAGGUCGGAGCUGGCCGCCGCUGCCUCCUCGGCGGCUGCCGCCUACAAUGGCUACCGGGUGGAGGGCAAGCCGACCACUUGGAUCAGCUAG